AUGACGUCGCUGGGCCGUCGGUAUGCAGAGCUGAAGUACAAUGACAGGAUAGGGGACCAGGCACUGAGUGCCGUGCGUGACCUGAAUGGGCUCUUUUCGCCGUGUGCUGCCGACGCAAACCUAGAGGAUGUUGAGCUGCUUCGGAACGCGGUGAACAAACUCUAUACAGUCUACGCUGGGAUAUACAUAUCCCAGAACGCGCUGCUCGAGCAUGUCACACCCAUUGCUUUCGUCGAGUUCUACGCCGAGCUGAAGCUGUAUCUAACGCUGCUUUCCAAGAUCCACCUGAAAUUAGACAAGCCAGAGGCUAUUAACAUUGAGAUUUUCCCGGAUAUAGUUCCUUUCCCUCGUCAAAAGUUCGAGAGUUUGAAGUUGUAUGAAACUGCAUGGAAUCUGCCUGGCCCCCAAAGUGGGGAGAUUUCCCUUCUGUCUGCAGUGUAUCGCGCCAACGCUGCGAUAAUUUCCCACGAGGAGAUUUCGAAGCAGUUUGCAGCGUUGCGCUCUGCUGCGAAGUUCAAUCGUCUGCGCGAACUCGGCGUGAAGCUCUUCGACCGGAUCACCUCGCUGACUACCCGACAUAAGGACGGAUGUCGAAUCACGAGGGUGCUCUGGUCGCAGCAGCCCACGUUUGGCAGUUACCAUUUCUUGAAGAGCAUGUUGAUGUUCCACUUCCUCGGAAAAUGGGAAAAGGUGACGGUCCCCAAGUACUUCCCCAGUCGGAGCUCACUGCUAGACUGCAUGCUCGUGCCAAACAUCGAGAUACUGGAGGAGGCUGAAGGUGCUCAGAAGCCCAUAACAGACAUUUCACCCAAAGGCAAGGAUCUGCUUGGGCUGCUCAGCAUGCUUCACGGUACCGACAUCUUUGAGGUCCUGUAUGCCGAAGGCUACGAGGAGCAGUUCUCUCGGCACCCCAUGGUAAUGCUGUUCAACAACAACGCCGAGUGCUACGAGUUCAAGGCGGCUUACCCUGAGAACGUUGAACACUAUGUGAACACCGGCAGGAGCGUGUACAUGUUCAACUACGCCGAGGUAUGCGACUCCACCGGCGAGUCCAUUUUGUCGUCGAUGUUCCACGACGCGCAAUACUUGGCAGACUACUUGAUUCAGCGCUUUUCUACCAACUUCCCCAAGAGCACUGGCUUCACCCUGGGUUUACAUGGCACAAGCAUCGGCGGGAUGUUUGCGGCAAAGACCGCGACGUAUGUUACGUCUGCACACCCCCGUAACCUUAUUUCUUUUGCUUUGUUCCAGAAGACUUUCGGCAGCCUCUACAACAUGGCGGGGCUCCGCAUGGGUUGGUUCGGGCGGAUGUUCGCCCGCUUCUACGGCGGUAGCGUCGACGUGUACGACGACUACACGAAGUUGGAUAUUCCCAAGGUAACGGUGUUUGAUGUCAACGACGCGAUCAUCCCCUCUAACCUAAGCCUUUCGGCUCACGUGGGUCACCGUUUUAUGACGGAGAACUAUGGAGAUUUCGCGCAGCCUUUUUGCGAAGUGGCUGCAUUGUACCGUACUUCGGAGCUGUCCCUCGUGCGCAGCAGCGAGGCUGAUCGCGUGUACGCCGCAUUCUACGCCUUGAACUCUGCUGGUCUCCACUUGGGUGUACAGGAUAUGCUUGUUCGCGACAAUUGGCACAUGGAUAAGCACUACCUGUCCCUGUUCUUAGCGCGCAUGAUGACGUUUGGAAGCCUCCCCACCAACCCAUCCGUGACGAUGCACCCUUGGUCGCCGCGAAUCAGGCACCUGUGGCAGCUGAUCUCCGAUUGCCGCGUGCACGGUUUCGUAGCCGGUAAUCAGUAUGGCCACCUCUACUUGGAGAUGCCCGGCAGAAUCGCACUGCUCUUCAACAUGUUCUUCAAGGGUCGUGCUGCCCUCGAUACCCACAUGCCUCUGCACAACAUCGUCGUUACGCGCGAGAUUCCUACCUUCAUUUCCAAUGCGCCCGACGGAACCUACGGAUGGCAGGUUGUCGAACCAGCACCCGAAGGAGACACGAGCCCGUUGCGUUACUUUAUGAGGUGGCCAUCUAACACCCCGCGGUUCACUCCGCUGCUUACCAACCUCGCCAGCGAAAAUGUGCUCAAGGUGCUGCUGGAUGAUUUGGCGUUUUUCAACUUGAAUCCGGCGAGAGUGGACGGUGUCCAGGUGUACGCCUGGAUGCAGCUGUACACGCUGCUGCAUACCGUUGCGCUGCUAAGCACGUUGAACCAGUGCAAAGAGGCGGAGCCCGAGCCUCUGGUAAAGGCGGAGGCGUUCGUGGAGUCCGUUAUGCGCAAUGGCUUCGGCGUGGACAACCCGAAUCCAAUCGUCGCAGUGCCCGCCGUGAGAGACGGCCCCCAGGAGGACGAUAUCAACUUCUUCCGCGACCGCUACGGGAUGUUCGGAAACGUGCUGACGACCUUCACGAACCACGAAAUCCCUCUGGAGGCGAAGGAUUUCAAACUACUGGCACACAUUUUCAGUUGA